CAGCCAGUCUCUCUUUUGCGAUGUUAGAGACGAGAUUUGAGCAGAAGCGGGUCCACCAUGAAUUUGGACAAAAACGUGAUAGGAAUCUGACGGGGCAUCUCUGUGGUUUAACGGCAGAGGAAACCGCUGAAAUCGGACUAGUUGUGUAAUCAUCAUGAGUGUAUGGAGUCGAGACCUGAUACACAACAAUUGGAGCCCAGAAGACCAACUUUUCAAGUCGAAUCAAAGUAAACGUUUGCAUCACUCAGAAUGGCUGACAGGUUACUCAUUGAGCAGCUAUGCAAAGCCUCUGCCAGUGGAAAGUUAUCUGAAGUAUUGCUUCUGUUGCAAAUGGGAGCAGAUGUCAAUGGACUGAAUGAAUACAAGAGAACGGCGCUGCAGGUGGUCAUGCUGGGUCACACCCCCCUCGUCGAGGCCCUCUUAGAUGCAGGCGCAGACCCGACCGUGCGCGAUCCCGUGCUGAGCCUCACGGUGUUGCACGACGCCGCGCGCGAAGGCUUCGUGGAUACCGUGCGCGUGCUGGCGGACCACCGCAGCGUGGACGUGAACGCCGUCGACGCCAAAGGUAACCUUCCUCUCCACCUGGCCGCCAGAGAGGGUCACGUGGACGUGGUCCAGCUGCUGAUUGGACGCACCGCAGACCCCCGGGCCCCCAACGGGGCGGGCCACACCGCCGGACAACUGGCCCGGUGUCACCGGAGGACGGAGACGGCCCAGUUCAUAGACGGGUUCCUGAGGUCACCCCAGUAGAAGACUUUACAAAACAAGGAAGAAAAAAGAAGACGAAGAGUUUUACCAUUCUGGGAACUUUAUUAAAAUGCUCUUUUUUAUGAUUUGACAUUUUUAAAAUUAUUUUGUGUUUAAUAUGGUUGUAUAAAUUGAUCAUUUGUAAUUAGGGUCACUAUUAUGGUGUCUUUAUUUCAGCAUUAAUAAUGUAACAUUCUAAAAUUGCACUUUUUAAGGAACAUUUGUGCCGAUAAAUAUCUCCCCACACAUAUAUUAAUGUCAGAAUGUGAUAUUUUUAUUCCAGAAACAACAUAAUGAGUUUCUGAUGUGCCCUAACAUUAAACACAGAAAACAAAAUGCGACAGAUGAAGUUUUGUUUUUAUUUUGUUCUUAACCAGAGCUAAAAUAAAUAAAGUAAUAGUCUGUUGACCUACUAACACCUACAGCACUGUUUUACAAAGCAUUUGUACGGCAUAAUCAAGAGAUGAAUGAAUGUUGUGCUGGGAUUUUUUUUUUUUUUUUUUAUAGUUGCAAGAAAUAUUUAUUUACAUGUGACAAAUAUAUACUGAUGUUAUGCAUUAUGGUGGCAGAAAAGUUGAAAAGGUGAUGGAAAAGAAUAAUAAAAGAGAUAAAAUAAAGAAGAGGAAAGCAGAAGAAAUGAUUUUUUUUUUUAAAGCAAAUGACUGAAUGAAUUAUUGUUAUGAAUAUUAUAAAUGGGUAAGUUGAAUGUGGCAAUAUAAUGAUAUAAUGCAGGGGACUUUCAUGGGGAUUUUUGCUUUUGCUUCAGUUUAUUUGAUAUUCACAUGAAACAGACAACAGUUCACAAUAUUUGUCAAGAACUGAAAAUGACAUUGUUCCCUUUCUAGUAUCAAAACAGGAAAUAAAUGUCAGAGUGGCAGUUG